ACAGUUAAUUUGUACCUAAGAUAAAAUGAUGCUAAACUAGUUUUACAGCACUGUAGGUUAACUAUGUAACCUCCCACAUUUAGAUGGAGUCAUAUAAGAUGUGAGCUCAGCUUUAUAAGUCACAUGGCCUUGUCACAUAUCCCAGAGCUGUAGAGCACACUCUUUCUCAUGCAUAUUAGUAUUUAUAAAGUGCUGGUUUGUCUUCUUUUGUUUUUGUUAUAAUCAAAGAUCUUGGUGAGAUAAUGGGCAGCGCAAAAAUCAGAGACUACGACUCCAUAACUUCGUUCCUGGGAUCUUGGGGACCCUUUCAAAGAAGGAUUUUCUUCGCACUGGCUCUCAGCAUUCUCCCAAAUGGAUUUACUGGCAUCUAUAUAGUAUUUGUAGGUGAUACCCCUCCUCAUGAAUGCUUUAUUCCUGAACAUUACAACAUUAGUGAGGUGUGGAGAAAUGUGACAAUCCCACUGGAGACGGUCGAUGGCACUACAAAGCGCAGCUCCUGCUCAAGGCUUAGUCUAGAGACUGUGAGAAAUUACUCCCAAAAUAAAUUAAUCCCAAAUGUGCACGUGAAUGUGAGUGAUAUUCCUUUGGAGAAGUGUCAGGAUGGAUGGACGUACAACACAAAAAUCUACCAGUCAACUAUUGUUACAGAGUGGGACUUGGUCUGUGAUGAUGCAUACAAAGCUCCGCUGGCCACCUCUAUUCAUUAUGUUGGUGUGCUAAUAGGAACUGUGAUCUCAGGCCAGUUGUCUGACCGAUUUGGAAGGAGGCCACUACUAUUUAUCAUGAUGGCUCUUCAGACUGUUGCAAUCACAGCACAGAUCUUCUCACCGAACUGGGAGAUCUUUGUUUUUAUUUUCCUUCUAGUGGGUGCUGGUGGAUACUCCAACUAUACCAUUGGAUUUGUGUUGGGAUCGGAAAUUCUCAGCCCAAGAAUGCGAGUGGUCUUCUGCUCUCUUGGAGUUUUCAUGGGCUCAGCUGUAGGCUACAUGGUAAUGCCUCUAGUGGCCUACUUCCUCCGUGACUGGCGGCUGCUGCUGAUUCCCAUGGCUGCAUCUGGACUCAUCUAUGUGCCUCUGUGGUGGUUUAUCACAGAGUCUCCUCGCUGGCUCCUUUCUCAGGGAAGAGUAGAGGAGGCUGAAGCCUUAUUGAAACAUAUUGCUAAGAUAAAUCAAGUUGAGGUUCCACAGGCUAUUUUCACACAAGCUGAGGUUGAAUUUGCUUUGGCUAGGAAGGAUGAGAAAGUCAACAUCAUGGCCAUCCUGAAAAGCUGCAACAUUGCUUCAAUUACUUUGCUGUGUGCAAGUCUGUGGAUGAUCAUCACCAUUAGUUACUACGGUUUAAUCCUCAACACUUCGAACCUGCACGGUGACCCUUACCUAAACUGCUUCUUGUCUGCUGUGACAGAGGUCCCAGCAUACAUAGUUGCCUUGUUGCUGCUCCGGUUCUGCUCUAGACACAUCUGUCAAUCUUCCACGCUUUUCCUCGGUGGAGUUAUGAUCCUGUGUGUUCGUUUCAUUCCAGUAGCUCUUCCACAGGUUGCUGUGUUCCUUGAGAUGUUGGGAAAGUUUGGCAUGACAUCGGCAUUCUGCGUGGUGUAUUCUGUCACAUCAGAGCUGUUCCCCACAGUACUCAGGAACACAGCGAUGGGCUGUUGCUCUAUGGCUGCACGAAUUGCCGCCAUUCUCUCCCCUUUCAUCAUUUAUCUGGGGAGAUUCUACAAAGACCUUCCAUACAUAGUGAUGGGUGUUUUGGCCCUCUGCGGUGCUGCUUUAUGUUUUAUUCUGCCAGAAACAUUUGGGAAAGACUUGGCAGAGACUAUACAACAGAUGCAGACAAUAUGCGGGAGAAAAGGAAAGAAUGCUAAAACUGAGGAAAUACCAUCCAUUUGCAAAGCUUCUGAAACCAAGUUAUAGUUUAUGUUUGUUAUAACUUAUUCAGGUUUUUUGCUUAAUGUAAAAAAAACUUUUGCUUUUCUUGAAAGAACAAAAGGCCUAAAAAAAAGCAUCAAAGAUCUACUGUUGAGUUGGUUCAAAAUUAU